GUGGACCGGGACUACGUCGCGCAGGCAGCAGAGCUGGCGUGGGCCGGGGGCUGCAAACACUUCGUGCUGCAGUCGUCCCGGGGGGCGAACCCACGCAGCCCCUUCCUCUACCUCCGUGUGAAGGGAGAAGUGGAGGACCUGGUCCAGGCUAUUGGUUUUGAUCGCUGUACCAUUCUCCGGCCAGCGGUGCUGCUGUGCAAGCGCCAGGAGUCCCGCCCCAUGGAGUGGAUGGCCCAGCAGUUUCUGGGUGUUGUGUCUUGGGUCUUCCCCACUGCUUACUCGGUGCCUGUGGAAACAGUGGCCAGGGCUAUGGUGGCCAGCGUGCUGCAGCCAGGCGAGGGGAAGGUGGAAGUGCUGGAGAAUGGGGCCAUUCACAAGCUGGGAAAGGCAGUGCCACAGCAGGGCACAUAGAGCAAAAAGGGUGGGCAGGAGAGAGUUUGAUUCACCGUUCAGAUGCUCUUCUGGGCCAAGGAUGAACAUACGUGUGGGAGAGGAGCGGGGUGCUUGCACGGCUAAUGUGGAGGUAGAGGUGCACUUCUUCGCAUGGCAGGUGAUUCUGUCAAGUGAUCAAAGAUGCAGGUGGGUGAGGAGAAACCAUGUGCUCUGCUGCCUGGAUCCAGCAUGCGAAUCCAGGUGAAAAUGGUGUAAUGCAGGCAAUUUCUUGAAUUCAGGCCUUAAAUAAA